CGAAUUGAUAUUCGGACAUGCUGAGAGCAUCAAAUGCUGGAAGCCACUGCACAGACUCCAAUAGAAACGGACUUGCGAUUCUUGCCAACCUUUCUUGGCGAAAUCAAUUAGAAACCUGGACGAAUGUAUUAUUGCUAUACUCUGGGAAGCAAGCCGCUGUAAUUUAUCUCAAGACGUACUGACUGCUGGUAAAACUUCAAUCUUGUCCAAUUUAUGGGAUGCAGCAGCAUUUUUUCGCUCGGCUUCAUCGUAUCAAUCCGAAUACAAGAGCGUGGGUUUCGCCCUGCAGCCUCCAGUUUGAAUAAGAGAUCAUCACUGACUGCGUCGAAGAAUAAUUUGAUCACGCUCGCGCUUGACUGUCUGCGAAACUGCCUUGAGCUUUUGCGCUUAACCAACUCAGUGUGUAAUCACAAGUUCGUCCAUCAAGAUUGCGAUAAGUCGGCAUGUAAGAUUGAUUGCGUACUGAGUGCAGAAAAGUGCAUCAAGCUAUUCGUUGACGAAUUAUCAUGUGUGUUCUUCAAGAAAGACAAUAUCCGGUCCAAAGAAGGAUGGUGGCUUUCAGCCUUUUACAGCCUCUGUAUUCAAGGUUUUGUAAGACGGGCGUUGAUUCAAUUGAAUCCAGAGUCUUGUACGGACGAUGAAACUAAUCAGUACUUAUACCUCGCGAUCCGAUUAUUUGGUGCCAGUUCCGGGACAUACGACCCUUUGACUCGAGACUAUGCUACUUGUAGCGAAGGAAGUGACAACUCUAUGGCGGGAAAUUUUAAAGCCGCUCAGCUCUCCUUACACCAAUACAAAUGGACAUCAAGCGAGAUUACUGGCUCGGUCAAUUAUCUCAAAAGGCUGUUUGAAGACAAAGGAGACUGUCUCAAGCCUAGAAGGAUGACUGUCCAGACUUUAGGUUGGACGGCGGAUACCCAGCUAUUGAAACUGUACAAAUUUAACGUCCCGGUGGGGCAGGAGCCAUAUUUCGACUUGCGUCCACAAUGGCCCGUGAGCCCAGAAACUCCUCAGCGAGUCUACUUAGAUCCUCCACCCAUAAACCAAACAAGAAAUUAUUCUUGUCGAUAUCCAGGUUGCACAGGAAAGGUUCGUGUUUUUGGGCGGCCAGCAAAUCUCAUCAGACAUUACAAAAAUGUGCAUCUGGAUCCUGAUAUAAAGGAUUUCUUCGCAUGCGAUCAUCGUAACUGUGGACGGUCAUUUAACCCUUUCUCACGGAAAGAUCAUCUCAGAGAUCAUUUUCGAGAUUACCACAAGGAGCCAAUCGGAAACGCCAAAGGGGAGAAGUCCAUGAGAAAUACCCCAAAGUGGCUAGAGGUACAGAGUUGGCUCAAUGAUAGAGUGUAUAAAGCCAACUGGUGGAGAUGUGGGAAAUGUUUGUGUAGGAUUAUGAUAUCAGAUCGGGCUACGAGUGCAACGCUUGCAAGACUUCUUGUGAAUCCGAGGUGGUCCAACUAAUCGUAUCUCUCCGUCAAGAGCACGAAGAACGCAGCCAUGCCGAAAAUCCAUCGCAGGAAAUCCCACCCCCGAGUUCAGCGUAUUCUUGCUCAAUGUGCAGCGACACUGGAUGGUUCUGGGUUGAGCUUAACAAUGGCUGGGAUCCUUGCACAAGUUGCCAGCCAAGUUCGUGGUCGGCCCAGUUUGAGACGAAUGAGUCGUAUUGAGAUAUGCCCCCCUACUCAUGAAGCAGCGGCUACUUGGGAAAAAAAUCGCAAUUCACGACUUCAUGCACAGGAAGAUUUGAAAUCCUAUGGGACGCAGCAUAUCUUGACAUUCGAAGCUAAUAUUCUCAAUCAGUGUCAACUAGUCGGAGCCAUUCUCUCCAGGCUUGAACGUCAUCACAAUAUGCCCGUCAAAGGAUGAUUCAGCCACACGUUGCACAACAUUAGCGCCAGAAUCCACGAAACCGGGAGUUGUGACCCACUCGCACAAC